UCCUGCAAUAAACAUGUACGUGCGUUAUUAUAAUUAUCAAUUAUGAUUUGAAAUGGGCAGAUAUUCUGCUACGAUCUCCAUAACUAAUAUAUGUGAUUUUAUUCGUGCAUGACUUGAUAUUCAUGAUCUUAAAAAAAAAAAAAAAUCGAUAUUUUUCUUAGUAAGCAAACCUAGCAGCUAUAGCAAAAAUGAAAGUACGCACAUGCGCAGUUUUACACUCGGUAUUUUAUUGCUGCUUAGGCAGGAAUAUAUUCGCUCUUGACUUGGAAAACCAGGAACAUUUUGAAAACACGUACGGCGCAUGAAAGUGACAACGUAACCAUCACUUAAAGUAAGUAAAUUAAUAUGUAUUUUGAAUUGAUGUAUGGAUAUGUAUCUAUCCUGUAUUGUAUCUAUUUAUUGUAAAUGUAGGGGAGCGCGAGGCAAAAAGUAAUACGGGGUUAGUUGUAACACACGUGGUUUAAAUAUUUCCACACAUGGUAGCAUAACAAAAUUUAUAGGAUUUACUAGUUACCUUAUCAACAUUAUAUAGAGAGAAAAAAAAAGUGCGCCAAAAUUCAAAAGUCUUUUGAAGAUAUCGCGGAACAUUUAUUUUACUGUAGUAAAAUUAUAUUUCUGGCUUAAGUAAAUUUUCCAUCUCAGUUUUUAUUACUCAUUUAAAAUUAGACAAAUCUGCUGUUAUUUUGAUCUCCAAUCUGUUAUUUAUCAAAUUAUUUUUUAAUGCUUCAAUAACUAACAGAAGACACAAACCGGUUUUAAAUUCCAGUUGCGCUGAUGGGGUACAUUACACUGCGUUACAAUGUGCCCUGCCGUGUUACUGUAUGACAUUAGCGAUGUAAUUCACACUAUUUACUUUAAUACAUUUGAAUGAGAAACGACGAGAAACAGGUGAAUAAAGACUGACAGUCAAUGUUUAAUUAUUAUUUCAAGACAUGUAAAGCAUUUUGCCAAGCAUGGUUGCAAAGUGUUCAUUGUCAAACUCAAAAAUCGGAUUAUUUGUAAUUCUUAAAAAUCGCCAUUAUUUUAUUUGAAAUAAAUAAUUAUUUUGUUUUAUUGACAAAAUAUUUAAGUUUGAUUUGUAAAUUUUUGUCAUGAGAUCAGAUAACAUUUUAAGCAUUUAUGGUCAUGUUACAACGUGCCUCUCAGAUGUAACCAUCUACCCCACCUAUGGGGCAUGUUGUCAAAUUUCCAAUUUUUGAUAAAGAAAAAUAAAGGGUAAAUAAAGAAAAACCUAUACACUGUAAUUAUGAAAAAAAAAGCAACAUAUUUGUACUAGACAAGUGUGAAAUUACAGUGGAUAAAAAAUUAUACUCUGAACCCCAUGUGGAUUUACACAAUUUGAGAAAGUCAGAAAGUGUUACUUUGUGCCCCGCUCUCCCCUAUGUUUUUAUUAUAUUUCAUAUAGGCUAAUUAAAUUAAAUGUCCAUACUUUGUUUCUUUAAGUGCUAUUUGUAACAUGACAAUUUAUUAGUAUAGUUUUUAAAUUAAAAAGAGUAUGUACUUUUUAGUUCAUGCAGUAUGAACUAACAGAGAACUUUGUGUAUGUAUCCAUUAACACAAUUGGAUUUACUGGAUAAGGAUUAGGAAUUCCAUUUAGAAUUAAGAAUACUAAAAUACUCAGUUUCUUUCAGGACCCCCUGGUCGAGAACCACUGCAGUCGGCUAUAAGUACAUUGGACAGCACUGUUAUCACAAUAAUGGGGUAAAGCAAUGAAAGAAACAGCAAAUAUGAGACUUUAGUGUUUAUGUCAACUUCUCAAAGACAGAUAGGGACAGAUAGACUAUAUUUAAGUAAAUUACAAAUAAAAGUAAAAUACUUUGUCAGUAUGUCUUAAUCAGUGUUUCUGGCUCAUCAGACCUACCCAUGCAGUUCCAUGAAGCCUGAGUGAAUCAUGGAGGAAACAUUCCACACAGAAGAUCUUUCUCCAGGAUGCAGUCAUGAUUCUCAACUGGUCAAAAGCACAUUCAAAUCAAAUCUGAUGAAGAAGUUUCAGUGUUUGUAUGAAGGAAAAGCAAAGCAUGGCAACCCAACACUCCUGAAUGAGAUUGAAACAGCGCUGUACAUCACAGAGAGUCAGAGUGCAGAGACCAGUAAUGAGCAUGAGGUGAGACACCUUGAGAAACAAUACAGGAGAGCAGCAGAAACAGAGGACACACCCAUCAAAUUGAAUGACAAAAGAAAUGGAAAUAUCCAAUGAAGUGCUGUUCAUCUUUGAUGGCCUGGAUGAGUGUCGUCUGACGCUGGAUUUCCAGAGCGAUGUGAGGUUGUGUGAUGUAAGUGAAUCAGCCUCAGUGGACAUGCUGUUGAUGAACCUCAUUAUGGGGAAUCUGCUUCCUUCUGCUCUGAUCUGGAUCACCACCAAACCAGCAGCAGCUGAUCUCAUUCCCUCUAAGUGUGUCCAUCGAAUGACAGAGGUACAAGGCUUCAAUGACCCACAGAAGGAGGAAUACUUCAGAAAGAGAAUCAGUGAUCAGAGUCUGGCCAACAGUAUCAUCACACAACUGAAGUCAUCAAGGAGCCUCUAUAUCAUGUGCCACGUCUCAGUGUUCUGCUGGAUUUCAGCCACUUUUCUAGAGAAGAUACUGAGUGAAGCAGAGAGUGGAGAGAUUCCCAAGACUCUCACUCAAAUGUACACACACUUCCUGAGUAUUCAGACCAACAUCAAACAUGAGAAGGACUGUGAGAAGAAAGUAAAAGGUGAAGACAUGAUUCUCAAACUGGGGAAACUGGCUUUUCAGCAGCUUUUGAAGGGCAACCUGAUCUUCUAUGAGGAAGAUCUGAGAGAGUGUGGCAUUGAUGUGGCCGAAGCAUCAGUUUACUCAGGAUUGUGCACUCAGGUCUUCAGAGAGGAGUUUGGCUUAAAAAAAAAAAAUAGAAUUGUGUAUUAUCUGAUAUAUAGAGAGUUAUAUCAAUUAAAUACAAUAAAAGAAGUCAAACAAGUGAAGAGUGUCAUUGUUCUCUACGGGAUGAUUAAUUGUGGCGUUACAGAUGAAGGCUGUGCUUCUCUGGCUUCAGCUUUGAGAUCAAAUUCCUCACACAGACUGAAGAGUGCCAUUGUUCUCAACAGGUUAUGGAGGUGUGGUGUCACAGGUGAAGGUUGUGCAGCUCUGGCUUCAGCUCUGAGAUCAAAACCCUCACACCUGAAACAUCUGGAUCUGAUUCAGAAUGAAAUAGGAGAUUGUGAAGGUUAUGUUGCUUUGGAUUCAGCUCUAAGAUAA